AAAGAGAUGAGGACGUGCUGGUUUUAUUUGUUGCUGGAGAACUUUCCCAGAGUUUAAAGCGGAUUAAUUAAGUGGGUGAUGGCCACUUUGGCUUCUCCUAUCCCGCCUUAUCUCACGUCACUUCUCUCCACCUUGCUUCCUCGUGGCUUCGCUGUGGGGCCGUCACAGCUCUGCGAAGGCCGCCUGGGGCUGUGGUGGGUGGGUUGCUCGUUGGAAGCCGGAUCUCUUCUUGGGAAGGAGAGGGACACAGGAUGGGCCCUUGUUUACCACUCUGAUCCUCUAACCUACAGCAAAGAGGAUGAAUUAACAAUGACCUCUGAUCUCCUUUUGAAUAAAACAGGCCACCCAAAGAGAACAAACGAAGAAAAGAUGCUGAUGUCGUCAGUAGCAGACCCUGGAGAUUUACUGCAAAAAGCUGCCUGGAUCAGUUUUGCCUGCCAAGCGCGAAGCAGAGCCCAGCAAAACGUGGCUGUGCAGUGUGCAUGCGAAGAGGGAUGUGUUGGCGAAUGCGUGGACAGGCGUCUGCGUGUAUGUCGGGAUAUCCACGCAGGAACAGAGCUCCUGUUGUAUGAAGACAGCGUGGGACAACGUGAGACAAGAAACAAACCUGACCUACAAGACAUCACCAAUGGACAACACAGAGGUGGCAACUUAGAAAUCAACAAAGAACUGAAGAUUGUAGAGGACCUUGUGCCUGCCAUACAAGAAGAGGGAAGGGAAACGGAGAAUAUACAGGAUGAAAGAACACAGGAUGAACAGGAGAAAAAGCACAGGAAGACCCGUAGAUGCAUCAAAGGGGCUCAUCUAACUCCAGAAAGAGGGGAAAGGAAUCCAGAGGAUGGCAGACAGAUGGACAGUCACACAGAUUUAACAGUUGUGAUGACAGACUCAGUAGGUGGACAUAGAAAUGCUCCACAUAGUAUCAAGGCUGCCGUGGUCGUGCUGUCAGAUAGAGACAGAGACUUCCAAGCCUCACGUGCACCUCCUCCUGUCCGGUGCAGCUCCCGUUUGGCUGCUAAACCCCGCAGGGUUCACUCUUUGGCCACUCGAGUGAAGCACAGCUCUCCCUGCCAGAUAGAUGGAACGAGCCGGAGUCCUGCUGAUGCUGCUGAGACUGCUACAGAAGACAUAGUUACCAUGGAGACAGAGGGUGCUGGUGUUGGUGCUGUUGCUGGGGAAACUGUUGCUUGGCAGUAUGAGAACAGAGAGAGGCGGUACAGGUGUUCCAGUUGCACUAAAAGUUUUUUCCAGCUUUGUCACUUAAAAAAACACCAGUUCACUCACACAGACAUAAAACCAUUCAGCUGCCAGUACUGUGGGAAAAACUACAGCUCUGCAGAAAGCUACAAAGCACAUGAGCUGAGUCACCGUGGAGAGCGCCCAUUUUCCUGUCCCCACUGUGAGAAGAGCUAUGGCCUCAAGCGGGACCUGAAAGAGCACAUGGUUCUGCACACUGGAGAAAAACCUUACGUCUGCAACCUCUGUGGCAAAGCGUUCGCACGGCGACCCUCUCUGCGCAUCCACCGGCUGCAUCACUGCAAAAGGGAAAUGCACUCGCAACCUCAAAAGGUACAGUGUACAGUCUGCUUCAAGCUGCUGGCCAAUGCAGGAUCUCUGAAGAACCACAUGAAGGUCCACACAGGGGAGAAACCCUACAUCUGUCAACACUGUGGAAAGGCCUUCAGACAAAGAGGUAACCUUCAGGGUCAUUUGCGAAUUCAUAGUGGAGAGAAGCCCUACCUGUGCACCCAAUGUGGCCAGUGUUUCUCCCAGAAACUCGAACUUCGCCGACACCUGCUUUCCCAUACAGGGGAAGUUUUUCUCUGUAGCUACUGUGGAAAAGCACUGAGGGACCCGCACACCCUUAGGGCCCAUGAAAGACUACACAGUGGAGAAAGACCCCACUGCUGCCAUAUCUGUGGAAAAGGCUAUAUCUUGUCCACCAAACUGAGGAGGCACAUCAAGUCAUCUCAUCUGAAAGAGAAACCAUACAGUUGCCACUGCGGUGCUUCAUACACUGGGAGACAAAGUCUGCUGAGGCACCAAGCUCAGCAUAAGACAGAGGGAGGAACUCUUGAGAAGGAAGGAGGGCAAGGACAGCUAUCGGCUUUAGGAUCGAAUCAUCCAAGGCCGAUCAGGGGCAGACCAAAGAAGAGCAGGCUCCCUCAAACAUCAGGAGUGAAGGAGGCAGUCAAAGGAGAGCAGAGGGGAGGACAUGAAAAUGGAGAUAAACCUGUAGAGGUCAGUGUAGAUGAGGUGCUGCAGAUCGUGGGGAGCGUUCAAAAGGGUGAGGUCACAGGGACAAACGAAGCAAGAGACAUUGUUGAGAAGGAGGCACCAGGCCACAUCCAGGAAGCUGUGGUGUACAUGAAUAAUGAUAGCAUGACUACACCAAGCUCCGCCCCUCUUCUCCUCACCUCUGAGAGCAUGCUUCACGGUGGAGCCGAGCAGGACCUGGUGGAGGUGAUGAUAUCAGAAAGCGGAGAACAAUGCAUUGUGGUCCAGGGACAAGCGACAGUUGGGGAGCUGCUGAUCUUACAGGAGGAGAGUGGGCUCUGCUCUGUGGCUCAGACUGUGGAGAUAAACACAGCUUAACUGACAGAUGUUUGCCUGAG